ACCCUUCUUUUGUUCAUCGUCUUCGGUUACAGAUCUCUGGAAAACGAAAGCCGGAUUCCGAAGUCGUUUGCAGUUCCAACCUAGUCGGCGAACUUUCUCGGGCAGAGUUCACGUCAAGUCAGCAUGAGUCGGCCGAUGGAAGAGGAUACUAACGUAAAGAACGAGGAGGAGGAAUUCAACACUGGACCACUCUCUGUUCUGAUGAUGAGCGUUAAGAACAACACCCAGGUGCUAAUCAACUGCCGGAACAACAGGAAGCUUCUCGGGCGAGUAAGGGCAUUUGACAGGCACUGCAACAUGGUUCUUGAGAAUGUCAGGGAAAUGUGGACCGAGGUUCCAAAGACGGGAAAAGGCAAGAAGAAGGCUCUCCCUGUGAACAGGGAUCGGUUCAUCAGUAAGAUGUUUCUCCGAGGAGACUCGGUGAUUAUCGUCCUCAGGAAUCCAAAGUAGAGAGAGACUAAGAGGUCCAAUCCUUUUAUGGUUUUUCAUGUCAUGAGAGCUUCUGUAGGUAAUCUAGAUUUCUGUGGCAACACCGCUAUGUUUUUUUAGACCCAUGAACUGUCUGAACGAAAUAUUCUGUACCCCGUGGAGCUUCAUUGAUGUAGCCUUGUUUCUAUCCCUUACCAUAUGCAAAAAUGGGUUCAAAUUC